UCGCUGUUUUGCUUUGGUUUUUACCUUUAUCUCGCAUUUUCACUUUGUUUCUUUUUUUCACUUUUUUCUUACGACAUUCUUGUGUGUGAACUGCGGGUUGCAUCUCGGUACGUGUUUUUCUUUCAAAAAGUGAAAAAACGAAAAAUUAAUUACUGGCGAAUAAAAACGGCAAUAGAAAUGGAAAUAUUAAUAAAAUUAAAUGUCUAAAGGCGUCUACGAACAGAAGUGAGAACAAAAUACGGCAGUGAAUAGACGGGACAACAAGAAAAAUUAAUUUUAUUUUUACAUAUAGAGUGAAGUCUCGUAGCGCUGCGCUGCCAACAACAAAAAGAAUUGUGUUUUGUGUGAGAAGAGGUUGGUGGUAGCUGCUGUUGUUCGCUCGCCCACAAAAACAAAAGAAGCAAAGAUAUAUUUACAUAUUAAAAUUAGAAGUGUGUGUCUUGUGGUAAGAAAAAUAUACGAACCAGGAAAAUAUUGGAUAUAAAUCUUCUUAAUUGAAGUGGAAAAAGCAAAACAAAACACCACACAGCAAGCGGAUACAUUAGUUGUGAAAAUAUUUGCCCACAAGAAAAGAAAAAAGCCAUGAGUAGCGAUGGGUCUUCCAUACGCUUUAGCGACCACACACUUGACAAGGCCACAAAGGCCAAGGUAACACUGGAAAAUUACUACAGUAAUUUGGUGACACAAUAUGGCGAACGCAAACAACGUCUGGCCAAAUUGGAGGCUCAACUAAAGGACGAAAGUCUAACAGAUUCCCAGCGACAGGAAAAACGUCUGCAGCAUGCCCAAAAGGAGACGGAGUUUCUGCGUUUGAAACGUUUGCGUUUGGGCGUCGAAGACUUCGAAGCCCUGAAGGUAAUUGGACGUGGGGCCUUCGGAGAGGUGCGUUUGGUCCAGAAAAAAGACACUGGCCAUGUGUAUGCCAUGAAAGUUUUGCGUAAGGCUGAUAUGUUGGAGAAGGAGCAAGUGGCCCAUGUUCGAGCUGAACGUGAUGUUCUGGUUGAGGCCGACCAUCAGUGGGUCGUUAAAAUGUAUUAUAGUUUCCAGGAUCCUUCAAAUUUAUAUUUAAUUAUGGAAUUCUUGCCCGGUGGUGAUAUGAUGACACUCUUAAUGAAAAAGGAUACACUCUCAGAAGAAUGCACACAAUUUUAUAUAGUGGAAACAGCAUUGGCUAUAGAUUCUAUACAUAAAUUAGGUUUCAUACACAGAGAUAUAAAACCAGACAAUUUAUUAUUGGAUGCUCGUGGUCACUUAAAGCUCUCUGAUUUUGGUCUCUGCACCGGUUUGAAAAAAUCACAUCGCACUGAUUUCUACAGAGAUCUGUCGCAGGCAAAACCCUCAGAUUUUAUAGGAACAUGUGCAAGUCCCAUGGAUUCGAAACGUCGAGCCGAAUCGUGGAAACGUAAUCGACGAGCCUUGGCCUACAGUACCGUCGGCACACCUGAUUACAUUGCUCCUGAGGUAUUUCUACAGACCGGUUAUGGUCCUGCCUGUGAUUGGUGGUCCUUGGGUGUGAUUAUGUACGAAAUGUUAAUGGGCUAUCCACCAUUUUGUUCGGACAAUCCACAGGAUACCUAUCGCAAGGUCAUGAAUUGGCGUGAAACAUUAAUAUUCCCUCCCGAAAUACCCAUAUCAGAAGAAGCCAAGGAAACAAUUAUCAAAUUUUGUUGUGAGGCCGAUCGCCGAUUGGGUUCACAGCGUGGCUUGGAAGAUUUGAAAUCGGUACCGUUCUUCCGUGGCGUCGAUUGGGAACAUAUUCGCGAGAGACCCGCAGCUAUACCCGUCGAAGUCCGUUCCAUAGAUGAUACAUCGAAUUUCGAUGAAUUCCCAGAUGUUUCGUUAGAAAUACCAUCAGCUCCCAUGCCCCAAGGCAGUGAAAUUGCAAAAGAUUGGGUCUUCAUUAACUAUACAUUCAAACGUUUCGAAGUACGAAAUCUAGAGUGAGGCUUGGCCUUUAUACGUUAUUGAACAAAAGAAGUAUUUAUUUCCAUUAGAGAUUUUCUUUAGUUUCUUUUCCCCUCACCAAAUAACAAACACACAAACAUUCAUGCCCAAAACUUAAUGUAUAACGAAAAAUAACCAAAUAUAAUUGAAGAACUAUAUUGUCAAGAAUGGCAAAAACAGAAAAUGCUUUAGAAGGAUGCAAACAUUUAUUAAAUUGAUAAAAUUCAUACUCCGCCGCUACUGGUUUGAACUUUUCUUUUGAAAAACAACUUUUCAAAAAUGCCCCCCACACACACAACACAAAGUAUAAUACAAUAACAACAAUAUCAUUUAUCACUUAAUUCAGAUUAAGAAUAUAAAAAAAAAAAUUAUAAGAAAACUAAAAUACUAAAGCUUAAGUACAAUAUAUUUUAAAAUUGUAUUUUGUUAUAAAAUGAAAGGAAAAAUAAUCAAAAUCUAAUUCAACAUUCAGACACUGAGAAAUUUCUGAAUAAAAAUAUGAUAUUGAGAGAGAGGUGAUCAUUGUCCUCCCUCUCUCGAAUAGUCUAAUGUUAUUUGUUUAUUGGGAAUGUUGCUGCAACAUCUUUUAAGAUUUGUCGAAAUAUUAUUGGCAAAUUAAUAAAACAAUUUUCUUGAAAUUUUCCAUUUCUGAUUUCUUUUAUCAUUUAUUUUUCGCGAAGUGAAACCCUUUUUCUUGAAAUUUUCUGUGUCUGAUUGCCGAAAUACUCAGUGUCUGACCAUGAUGCAAGUAAUAUUUUUGUUUGUUUUGACGUCUCUCUUGUUCUCUCUCUCUCUCUCUAUCUUGUAAAGACAAAAAUGGUAGUAUUAAAAACAAACAAAAUAUAUGUUUAGUUUUUUUUUUUAAUUUAAACCAUUGUUUAUUUAGAACAAAGGCUAUGUUACAUUUACGCCUCUAUCACGGUAAUGUGCAGCAGCACGGUUAAUUGGAAAACCUCAAAAUGAUUACGUCACUGGACUCCAAUGCAAACGUAGCCGUCAAGGCAUAUAUAAAAGAAAAAUAAAAAUAGUAUAUACAUAUGUAUGUGUAUUUUUUUAAAAAGCAAAAUAAAAUUAAAAAACACAAGGUAGUUCAAAUAAUUAAAAAUAAAAAGAAAAUAAUUUCCUAUCAACAUUUGUGAUUUAUAAACAAAAAAAAAAAAAAAAGAACGAAGCAUAUGCAAUAUCAUUCAUUAAACCUCUCUGCUGAUUUGUUCAUGUUUUGCAACUUCUUAGCCAUCUCACGCUCUCUCUCUCUCCGUCUCACAUACGCAGGCACGCAAUAUCAUUGUUUACAUUCAUUUCCGUUAAAUUCAUUUCUACUCAUUAACGGUCAGAAAUCAUUGCUGACAUUUUGAUUUUUUUUAAACCAUGUUCAUACGAUGCAUCAAUUUGAGUCUGUUGCAACACUAAAUCGAAACCGAAUGAGAUUUUCGUUAAUUUUUCUAUUGAUUUAUGUGCGAAAACUAAUGUUCUGUUCUUCGAUAUCAUAGGGGGAAAAUUGGUUAUCGUAGUAAAAAAUUAAAAUUUUUGCAGUUUUGGAACAAACCAAUAGUUAUGUUUAUUUCUUACAAUGGACAUACAAAGCUACAGCAUAUUUUAAUAUAAUUUAUAGAGAGGAUUACAACUGCCAAUUGCUUUGCUCAUAUGUCAAGUCUAGAUACCAGCAGACUUUUUUGAAAUGUCACAUUAGAAUUGACAGUUGAAAUCCAAUGGUUGUUUUAAAAAUAAACAUGAUUUUGUUUCACUUUUGUAAAUCCUGUUUAACAUAACCCGAAUAUAACUUUGGUUACAUUUUAGCCCACAAUUUUUCUUCCAUUUUUUUAUUUUUAUUUUUUAUUUUUUUUUUUAAUUUCAAACAGGUUUAAUUAUGUUUGUUAACUGGCCUAUAUGCUUGCCCAAUCUUUGCUGUCGUCCAUCGCCACUACACCCCCACAACUCCCCACCAGCCAUAAUACCUAACCAAACAAACAAUCAACAAAAUAUAUCACAAAAAAACAACAAACAUUUCUUAAAACCAACAACAAUAGCUUGAAAUUAGAAAUAAUAAAAAAAUAACUACACCUCGUCUAAUAUUUACUAUACCCCCACUUUCCCAAUACCAACAAAUUAAAGAACAAAAUAUGUUAUAAAUUACAACAACAACCAAUCGAUUUCCACUAAAAGUACAUAUAUUUAUAAACAAAA